CACGGCGUGACGUCAGGAGGAGGGCAGGGCAAACAGACUGGGGGAGUCAAGAGCAGAGCCAGAAGACCGGGGAGGAGGCAGCUGCGCUGGUCCAGACAAACACCACUCUUUGGAGGAUCGUCUAAGCUGCCGACAUCACACACAGCCCACAGCAUCUUCUCCGGGAAGCCGUGGCCCCUCCACCAGACUCCCCAGGAGGGCAGGACUGGGCAGGGGGUUGACACUGCACAAUCCGUGUCUCAUCUUUUCAGAUCAGCCGUGUUGAGGGCGAGGACCAGUAGGCAGCUGCCAAGAUGGGUGAAAGGAAAGGUGUAAACAAGUACUACCCUCCAGAUUUCAAUCCUGAAAAGCAUGGCUCCCUGAACCAGUACCACAGCAGCCACCCGCUGCGGGAGCGGGCUCGGAAGCUGUCCCAGGGCAUCCUCAUCAUCAGGUUUGAGAUGCCCUAUAACAUCUGGUGUGAUGGCUGCAAGAACCACAUCGGCAUGGGUGUUCGCUACAAUGCAGAAAAGAAGAAGGUUGGCAAUUACUACACAACCCCAAUCUACAGGUUCCGGAUGAAAUGUCACCUCUGUGUCAACUACAUCGAGAUGCAGACGGACCCGGCCAACUGCGACUACGUGAUUGUGAGCGGCGCCCAGCGCAAGGAGGAGCGCUGGGACAUGGUGGACAAUGAGCAGGUGCUGACGACAGAGCACGAGAAGAAGCAGAAGCUGGAGACGGAUGCCAUGUUCCGCCUGGAGCACGGCGAGGCUGACCGGAGCACACUCAAGAAGGCCCUCCCCACCCUGAGCCACAUCCAGGAGGCCCAGAGCGCCUGGAAGGAUGACUUCGCGCUCAACAGCAUGCUGCGGAAGAGGUUCCGGGAAAAGAAAAAAGCCAUGCAGGAAGAAGAAGAGAGGGACCAGGCGCUGCAGGCUAAGGCGAGCCUGGCCAUCCCACUGGUGCCCGAGACAGAGGACGACCGCAGGCUGGCCGCCCUGCUCAAGUUCCACACCCUGGACUCCUACGAGGACAAGCAGAAACUCAAGCGGACAGAGAUCAUCAGCCGCUCCUGGUUCCCCUCCACCCCGGGACCCGCCACCAGCAGCAAAGCCGGCAGCGUCCUGAAGAAGCUGGCCCAGAACCGCAGAUCAGCACUCGUCUGCUCUCCCAUCACUGUAGGAGACCUGGGCAUCGUGCGACGGCGGUCCCGGGAGGUCUCAGAGAGCCCCCAGCACGCAGCGGAGACCCCCAAGCCUGGGGAAACAUGGGUGCCAGAGGGGAACACCCAGGACCGGCCCACAUGCCCCCGAGACUGCUCUCCAGAGACAGCCGAGACCCCCAAGAGCAGGGGGCCUCGGGGGCAGGAAGGGAAGUGUCAGGACAGGCCCCAGUCCCCACCAGGCUCCUCUCAGGAGGCAGCCACCCCCCAGGACGCGCCACACCCGUGCACCCUCAGCUCCUCUCUUGUGGCUGAUUACUCCGACUCCGAGAGCGAGUGAGCAGUUCUGGGGACCGCACCUGCUCCAGAGGCUGCGACGGGCCCAGGAGGCCCCUCAGACUGUAGCCCUGCUUGCCCACCAGCCCUUGGAGAGCUCAGACGCUGCCCCUCCCCAGACCUCGCCUUCCCGCAGCAGGGAAGAUAUUUAUUUGGUCCUGGAGAGGGUGUUUGUGCCUUGUGGGACAACAUCCCAACAUUAAAGCGCUGCUUCUUUGUCCCUGCCUCAAGUUGCUAGAUGAGCCCAGGGGCUG